UGUUGGCUGCGCGAUAGAUAGGUCUGCAGGUAGAUAAAUAAAUAGAUUCAGAAAUUCGAUUCUUUUUGUGUUUUUUACGAUAGCGAUUGUAUUCCACAACUACUGAACUACCGAGUCCCGUGGAUUUGAAGCUUUAAUAAAAUGGCUAACGCGUCUAUGGAAACGGUCCCGAAAAGCUUAAGAAAUCUGAGGGCUUGUCUUCUCUGUUCAUUGAUUAAAACUAUAGACCAGUUUGAAUAUGAUGGUUGCGAUAACUGCGAUGAAUAUCUUCAUAUGAGAGGAAAUCGAGAUAUGGUUUAUGAUUGCACAAGUUCUUCAUUUGAUGGAAUAAUUUCGUUAAUGAGCCCAGAGGAUAGUUGGGUUGCUAAAUGGCAAAGAACAAAAAAUUUCAAACCCGGAUGCUAUGCCAUAUCCGUCACGGGUCGACUUCCUGCAAGUAUUAUAAGAGAUUUGAAAGCAACAUCUGGAGUUGUUUACAGGUCAAGAGACACAAGUCAGAAGUCAUCAAGUUGAUGAUUAGUUAAAAAUGUGUGUUGCUCCCUACUUACUGGUGAGGGCCGCUAUCUGGUUUAAUGCGAUGCGAAUUUCAAAACAAAAAUUGUCAUCUUAUCAACUGCAAUGUAUAUAAUAUCACAGAAGAUAUGCAAUUGAAAGUGUGUGUUCACUUGCUGAAAUUUUCGCUUCAUGAUGUAGUGCAGGAUUUUCAACCAUUGUUCUCUCUUCGCAAAUUUCAGAAGUGAAAUUAACUUCUUCAAUAAUAACAUACUAUUCCAGCAAUAUUAUGUGAUCCUAAUAGCCACUUCAGUGCUUGUAAAACUUACCCCCAAUUAGAGAACAUGAUAUUAGAGGUGUACCAAUACCACUUUUGUCACCGAUACCAGCUAAAAAGGCCGAUAUCGAUACACGGAUAUUCGAAAACGACCGAUAUUCCGAUACUAUUUGAUUAUUACCUAAGUGUGCAGGACAGGCGGUUUAAAAUAAUAUAUAUAUAUUAUUAAGAAGUAGAUGUUUGGGAUCCAAAUGCGUUAAUUGAUUCAGAUGCAUUGAGCACUGGCGCUAGUAAUCUCUGUGUUCAAUUAGAAAACUAAUGGGAUUUGGCUACUGUUGGUGGUAAACUAAAUAAAUGUUUAGCCUACUUAUCAUAUGAAACUGAUACAUUGAGGUACGUGUGCAGGAUUUUGGGCCAAUAUAACGUCGUAUUUUAUAUUUUACUAGAGACCGGCCAGAAUACGAUUCCCGUUUCUAUUAGCAGGUUUGGGGACGUGCAUGGCUCUUAGUUCUCGAUAUAUCAAAGAAAAAUAAUUUUAAGAUCAGUAUUCUAACCUAAUUUUUAAAACAUUCUGGAUCAUAUUGAAAAGCUAAAUAUAUCGGAAAUAUGCCGAAAAAUUGGCCGAUAUCGAUACAUCUCUACAUGAUAUAGGUUAUUCCGCCAUUUGAUGAAAAUUUUCAAAACUGUUCGAGGUACUCAUGACUUAAAACAGGCUUUUUGUGUGGAAUUGCCAUGCACACGUAUCUGAAGAUGAUAAGAGACACUGGUUUACCACCUCAUUGUGGAAUGCAAUCAUUUUUCACAUGAUUUGUUCAAAUGUGCUUUUAUGAUAAUAUAAAUUUUGAAGAGUCUA